CAGAGGGGAAAGGAGGCGGAAGAAGUGGAAGAAGUGCUCUGCUCCUGGACUAAACUCUUUUCACCUCUCCUUGCUUCUCCAGUGAGCUGCUGCUAAGAUCUCCUUUUGAUCUCUGCACCUGUUGCAACUCAUCAGCCAGGUGAAGGGGAUUAUAUCUCUCUCAGCCAUUACUUUUUCAGCUGUCGUUCCAGGAGAGCUGUGGAUCUCAUUUAGUUAAAUUGCAGGACAAUUGGACUGCUCUGCCUCCCUCUUCCUCCCUCCCUCACUAUUUUCUUCUCUCUGUGUCCAGCCCUGCCUCAUGCUCUGAGUGAGUCUGUGUCUGGCUGUGGCUUGGAGCUCCAGAAUCUUCCUCACCGGAGAGAAGGCAUGGAACACUAGAGUAGAAAACUGAGAGGUAGAAUUCUGUGAUAUAAUUCAGAUAUAGAACACUUCGGUAGAAUUUCUGAGUAGCUUUCUGAGCUGGAACUUCUAGCAAGAUUUUGGGAAAUCUGAACUAGAAUACAGAGCUGGAAUACUUAAUCGGAACACUGAGCUGGAACUUUUCAGUGGAACAUUGAGGUAGAAUCCUGAGGCAGGUAGAGUAAGGAGGAUGGGAGGUCAUACUGCAGUGGUGUGUUUGGUUCUGCUGGCCCUAUUCUGUGUGCUACUGCCCAGAGCAGGGGAGAGUGCAGGAGGCAUUGUCUCUUUAGGCCAGGCUGUAGAGGAGAUAGGGAUGGAGGCCCUAUAUAGACAGGAGUCCCAGGAUGAACCAGUUAAAGAAGAGGAUCUCACAGAGACACAAAGCCAGACUAGCAAGGAAAAGAGAGCCACAGAGGAGGAUGCCCUACCAGCCAGGGUCAGGAGAGCCGAAGAGGAAGAGGAGGGCAAAGGGGAUAAAAAGAAGGGCAAGAAAGACAAGAAAGACAAGAAAGACAAGAAAGACAAGAAGAACAAGGAGCCCAAAGUGCCCAAGGCCACCAAGAAGCCUAAAGCAGACAAAAAGCCAAAGAAGGGCAAAGAAAAGGAGCCACGGACAGAAGCACCUACAACUCCACCACCCACAACUACCACACUACCACCUACAACUACCACACCACCACCUACAACUACUACAGAGGUGUACACAGAAGCAGCUCCCACAGAACCUGACCCAUACCCAGACUACCCCUACCCAGACAACGAGGAUGACUACUGGAAGCCAGAUGAGGAGGAGCCCGCAGGCCCAGUGGUCGACCCAGAAGAUGACUAUUGGAAGGGAGAGGACCCAAUGGCCACGCCCCCCACUCCUGUGGUGGAUGGAAAGGUGGACAAGGGAGACGAGGACUACUGGGACGCCAGAUACGAGGUGCCCGAGAAUCUUCCUUUCCCUGAUGGUAAAGAGGUCGUCCCCACAGAGAAAGAUGACUGGAGCUACGCUGUUACAGAGGAGCUUGUUACACCACCACCCACCUAUGAAAGCCCAUGGUACGAGGAGUAUGACUACGGCCAUAGUGGUGGACAGACGAAAAAACAGGAGGAGAGAGAGAACCAAAGGAAAGAAAAGGAGAGAGAGGAUAGAGAGAGAGCUCAGCAGAGGAGGGAAGAGGAAGAGAGGGCCAAAGCCAAGAAGAGGCCACACGUAUUCAAGGAACCCAAAAAGUGUCCUCCCCUGGGUAUGGAGUCUCAUAGGAUAGAAUCAGACCAGCUGCUGGCCUCCUCCAUGUCUCACUACCGCUACAGCCAAGCCAGGGCACGACUCAACAUACAGGCUUCGGAUGAUGAGGAGGACAUGCAUGGUGGGGCGUGGUGUCCUAACCCAGAGGACAAUAUUCACUGGUUUGAGAUGGACGCUCGCAGAGCAACAGAGUUUACUGGGAUCAUAACACAGGGACGAGACUCACGCAACGAGAUUGACUUUGUGACAUCGUACUACGUGCAAUUCAGUAAUGACAGCAGAGAAUGGAAAACCGUCCAUGACGGUUACUCUGACUGGGUGAGUCUGUCAGCCUCGCUGCUUCAAAUGUACUUUGGUCCCAGGGUUCACUCUCAUGCUCUUUUUAUGGGGCACAAAAGUUCACCAUGUCAAAUAUAUUUGUCUCUCCCUCUC